AGCGGGGCAGGCGUCGACCGCAUUGCUCAGUUCAGUAUUACAGCGAGAAAGUGUAGUUAUCGAGACUUAAGUACGCUUCAAAAUGGCUAACAUUCAACAGAUUUUAAGGUCAACCCUUCGACCAGCGGCCAGAGCAUACUCCACAAAGUACACGGGAGGUUACAAUUUCGCUCUGAACGAUACGCAGAAGGAAAUCCAGGAUGUUGCGCGUAAAUUCGCCCGCGAAGAAAUCAUCCCCGUCGCUGGAGAAUACGACAAGACCGGAGAGUACCCGUGGCCCUUGAUCAAAAAAGCCUGGGAGUUGGGUCUGACGAACGGUCACAUCCCGGAGGAAUUCGGUGGUAUGGAUCAGAGCGUCUUCGACGGUUGCAUGAUCGGCGAAGAAUUGGCUUACGGAUGUUCCGGUAUAUCCACGGCCAUCGAAGCCACCGGUCUUGGGCAAGCCCCGAUCAUCCUGGCUGGUAACACUGAGCAAAAGAAAAAGUACCUGGGACGUCUCGUCGAAGAACCACUUGUCGCUGCGUACUGCGUGACUGAACCUGUUGCCGGAUCCGAUGUUAACGGAAUCAAAACCAAGGCUGAGAAGAAAGGAGACGAGUGGAUCUUGAACGGACAAAAAAUGUGGAUCACCGGAGGCGGCGUUGCUAACUGGUACUUCGUGUUGGCGAGAACGAAUCCGGAUCCGAAGGCUCCGGCCAGCAAAGCCUUCACCGGUUUCAUCGUCGAAAGGGAUUGGGCUGGAGUCACUCCAGGAAGGAAGGAACUGAACAUGGGACAGAGGUGUUCCGACACCCGUGGAAUCACUUUCGAGGACGUCAGAAUCCCGAAGGAAAACGUGCUCAUCGGAGAGGGUGCAGGAUUCAAGAUCGCCAUGGGCACCUUCGACAAGACCAGGCCACCAGUAGCUUCAAGCGCCACCGGUUUGGCUCAACGCUGCUUGGACGAAGCCUCAAAGUACGCCACAGAGAGAAAGACCUUCGGCACGGCGAUCAUCAAUCAUCAAGCAGUCGCUUUCAUGCUCGCCGAUAUGGCCAUCAACGUGGAAACCGCACGUUUAGCUUGGAUGAAAUCCGCCUGGGAGGUGGACAACGGUAUGCGCAACAGCUACGCCGCCGCCAUCGCCAAAUGCCAUGCCGCUGACAUCGCCAACAAGUGCGCCUCCGACGCCGUCCAGAUCUUCGGCGGAAACGGCUUCAACAGCGAAUACCCGGUGGAGAAGCUGAUGCGCGACGCCAAGAUCUUCCAAAUCUACGAGGGCACCUCCCAGAUCCAACGCAUCAUCAUCUCCAGGCACAUCAUCGAUGCCUUCAAGAGCAAGUAAAUCAAGUAUUAUCAUCAAAUGCUAAUUGUUUCAAGUAUUCGUUGUUUUCUACCCACUCUAUGUUUUUUUUUUUUUAAUUAAUUUAUCCAUUUUUAUAAAUUAGUGUUUAUCCACUGAAUAAAGAUUUUACUCGUUAAAACAAA